AUGAGGCUCUUUCUCAUCCGCCACGGCGAGACUGUGGACAAUCUCGCCCAAGUCUACGCAGGCAGCAAGGACUCGGAAUUGACCAGCCAUGGCUUCCAGCAAGCCCAACGCUUGGCCCGUUAUCUCAAGGGCACCGACGUCCGCUUCACGCACAUCUUCGCUUCUCCACUGCAGCGAGCCCGCAACACCGCCCAAGCCGUCCUCGAUGCCCAGUCGUCGCCAGCCCUGAAGAUAACCAGAGUGGCAGCCAUUCAAGAGCAGGACUUCGGGUCCUUCGAAGGCAAAAGCUGGUUGGAGGGGCCAUCUUCGAGCAAGCCGCGACCCGCCGGCUUCGUUGAUAUCGAGUCCAAGGAGUCGAUGGCGAGGCGAGUGGACUCGUUCUUGGAUGAGCACAUGGCUGCUUUGUGGCGAUCGGCUGCAGCGGGGGAGCGAUGUGUCGUGGCCAUCGUUUCACAUGGCAUCAUCCUGUCGGUCCUUUGGCGACGCAUCUUGCGCCGCCUCCCGCCGGACAGCGUCACUAUGAGGUCAGAUCUCUUGGUGCCUGGCCGACCGGUGUCGCUGGAAUACCUUGGCGGCUUCUCCAACACUGGUUAUCUCGAGCUGGACAUGGCUAGAAAAGGUACGCCAGUCGCACGAGCAUUGGACAGAGUGUCGGGUCACACUGGCACUGCGUCUUCGCCACGCAAACGCUUGGCAGCACAAGGUACCACUGGUGGUGUCUCCAGCGUAGCCAAUGCGGCGGGUUCGUCAGUCGCUCCCGUGCCAGCCCCCACCAGGGCUGUGGAGAAGCUUCCUGUCACUGGAGGCUCGAGCAGCUCCAGUCAAGUCUUGCACGGAUGGACGACGGAAGUCAUCACUAUCAACGGCAAGGAACACUUGAAGGGCCUUAAACGCACCGGAGGCGGACUUGGCAGCUCCAAGCACGAUCAGAACCAGAGGUCCAUCGACACCUUUUUCAAAAGGCGCAGAGUUGACUGA